AUGGCCCAGGUGCUCUCUUCCACCACCGCCAAGCUCGAUCUACACCUUCCUACUUCCAAUAGUGAUCCGUUAAAACGAAGAGUAGCUGGAAUGCUCGAAGAAUUUAUACAAGAACUGUUUGAAAUGGUCAAAAAUGCCAUGGUAGUUGAUGGCGAGGAUCUCGGGCGCAGCCUGGGGCCAGUGGCUGACCAUAUAGCUUACAAGCCACGAGAAAAAACCGAACCUUUUGAUUUUGAACUCAAUGGAGAACUACGUAACGUUUUGGAACUGGUGGAAAAGGAAACGAUAAAGGUGUCUACUUUACGUAAAGAUGUUCCUGCCAAGGUGAAGCAGGCGUAUCAGCAACUAAUAGAGUCUACAGACCUGCUGGUGUCUCGAAUAUUGGCGGAAUUGGACGUAGAAGAGGAGGCUAUUAUGCUUGAAGAAAAUGAUGUUCUCCCUGAUCUUGAAGGGGUAGUUGGUGAUUAUGAGGCGGCAAUUUUAGCAUUGAGCAAGCUUAACCAGUCUGUGCCAGAACAAAGAGCCGAGCUCGCAAAACUUGACAGUACGAUGUCUUAUCUCAGAGCUCGAUACCAAGCGACAUAA